AUGGCGGACGCGCCAUGUGAAGGCAGCUUAGCGACUUCCAUGAAGCGCCUGGACGAAAUCUUCGUCAACUUCUGGCGCAAACUCGCCGUCAGGCAAGAGCAACGAGAGGAGAGGGAACGGGGCUACAGCUCCCUGCAAGGCUUGCCUCCUGCCACCCACCGACCUGCUAAACAUGUAACCCCACGCCACGCAAGCUACACCAGCGGAGGCGACGCAACUGACCCCCAGGCACUUACAGGAGCCCAAAAGCGACCAAAAUUCAACACCGCAAUCACGGGCUGA